CUUGUUGGCAACUAAUGGUAAAAGGAAAGGUGAAAGUUCUGUGCGAUUAGUUUAAAACUAAAGGGAUUAGUGGAUUGAUCUGUAAAGUGUCAUUAUGUAUGCUUCACGAAAUCCCGUUACGUCUGAAAUUAACACUGUUAAAUCAGAUAUUAAAGAUAUUUUGCAAAGUGGAAACUAUUAUUGUACUGAAGAAAUAGCCAACGAGUUGACCAAGAUCAACAAUGGAUUAGAUCACAUAAAUUUAGAUGAUAAUAUCUUGACCACUUCACGUACUUGGCAGAAUAAUUUCGACCCCAGACAGACGAUGGCUCAUCGAAACAAUUUGGUAUCAACUAUGGAUAAAACUAGUGCUAUGCUGUUUGAUUUAAAAUCUCAACUGAAUAUGGAUAAAUUAAAAGAUAAACAAGAGAAUGAAUUAAGAGAGAAACAUGAAUGGGCUUUAAAUAAUUUAGAUCAAGUUCAACAGAAUAUAGAUCCUUUUGCUGCUACAGCUGCCAAUAGAAUACAUCAGUUUAGUGACCAUAUUGGAGUGACCGAUAGAUUUACUAAUUAUAGAAAUAAUAAAAUGAGAGUACCACAACCAACUCGUACCCAAACACAACAAAUGAUGAGACUUGAAAGAGCUAGAACUUCAAUCGGUACUCCACUAGCUGACUUACGUACUAAAAGAUAUGGUACCAUGGGCUCCAGAAUACAGUACGGUGAUUUUAAACCACCAGAGAAAGUCUACAAAGGCUACAGAACCAUUGAUAGUUUAUAUCCUAGAUCUACUACAAUGAUAAAACCUGGUGUUACAGCUCAACCAUCAUUCACACAAACAUUGAGUGACAUUAAAACCAUCAAUAGUCUCAAUGCCAUGGAUCAGACCAAGACCAAGGAGAUGAAGUCUCAACAGCUGUUGACUGCUUCACUGACCAAUACCAAAUCUGCCGCCGAGAGAGCUGGAAUUAAUGUCAUCUUUCCUGGAACUACUUUGUAUUCUGAUGAAUACAUUCCACCCAAUCUAAAUUUGCCAACAAGUCAUUUUGUGAUUAACCCACGUCCAAACUUUGUAGUUGAUGGUCGCACAUUGGGCAGAUCUGAAAUUCUUCCCCCUACCUCCUCAGAGUACCAGUCUAGAUAUGCCUGGCCUCAGGGAAGUCAGAUGAGAAAAUUGCCAUGGCUAAAUGUACAUUGA